AUGCAUGGCCAAGUUCCGAACCGAGUGAUGGGUUGGUGGUUCGGACUGCGGUCCAACCAGGAUGUCAAAUUCUGGACGUAUAUAGCUCUCCUACUGUUGGGUCUACAAAACAUGACAUCGAUAAUAUUGCAGCACAAAGUCCAGUCGCAGCCGGCUACAGAUCAUGGCAGGUUUGAGCCUUUAUCUGGCAUCAUCAUGAUUGAAAUAUUCAAAUUCACUCUCUCUACAAUUUGUGUCAUGUGGUCAGACACAGGCGUACACCCAUCUCUGCGAGAGAGCCUCCGGGGCAUACUACUUAGUCCUUCCAGUGACGCUACCGUAUCGGCAUUACUUUUCACCGCGGCUACCAUUUUACAGAGUGUGGGAGCUUAUUAUCUUGACCUUAUUCCUUACCUUGUGUUGUCCCAGCUCAAGACCAUUUUAACGCCUCUCUUUGCGAGGAUAUGCCCCCAAGAACUGGCUCUUCAUUGCCAUGAUGACACUCGGCACUUUUUGACCCAGCUUGGAUCCGGCUCGGACAAAUUGAGUCCGAAAGAGCUGAAAACAAACACGAUGGUGCAAGGAGCAUUCGCAAUGCUCCUCGCAGGAGUUUUCGUUGCUCUAGCUUGCUUGUGCAUUGAGAGAACCAUGAAGAAAUCCGGUCUUCUUUUUCUCUGCAACGCUCAGCUAGCGGCCUAUAGCUCCUCUUUCGCACUCGUUUACUUUUUCUGGCUUACAAAGUUCAGCUUUACGCAUUUCUUCUCGGGAUUCAGUCCUCUAGUUUGGAUCUACAUAGUGCUGCAAGUGUCAGGGGGCUUCCUGGUUGCGUGGUGUGUGCAAAUGACCAGCACGGUGACCAAAAAUUAUGCUCAGGGUCUGGGAUUUGUCUUGGCCGUCUUUGUGCCUCGACUUGUGGCUCAUGAGUAUAUCAGUAUUCAGCUGCUGGCCGGAGUUGGGCUUGUCCUAGCCUCUGUGCUUGGGUCGACAUCUUCCCAUCAAAGAAAAUCGGAUAUGGACGCGUUGGAAGAUUGCGUGUGA